AUGGUCUGCCCGGCAGCCCUGCAGGGAGCCCGGGACGGUGGCAGUGGACGCAGCGGUGUCCCUGAGCUGUGUCCUCGUCCUGACCCCAGGCCUGGGUCGGGGCUCGGCUGCACGUGGGGUCAUCGUGCACCCGGGGUGGACACCGCGUCCCCCAGCUCCUGCUUCCUGGCGGCAGCCAAGGCCGGACCCUCGGUGUCCACGAGGCGCCUGGGUCCGCGUGGGCCUGGCGACCCCGUCCUGGGCCCGGCGUGCUCGCGUGCCGGAGCUGGGGACCCCCAUGGGCUGCAAGUGUCCGCAGCUUCCUCUUCUCAGGCAGAAGUGGCCGCGGGGCCCGAGGUGCUUCCCGGCCUCGUGACGUCGCCACGCUCGGAGCGGGGACCCCGAUGCCCGCACGGACCCCCCGCCGCCUCCUGCGCCCCAACUGCUCCGGCUGCACCCCGGAACCCGCACCCAGGACCCGCUCCAGGGCCAGCUCGGGCUCCGGGACCCGGACAGUGCUGGGGACACUGCGCGGUCAGCCUGGGCGGGGUGCUGGCCCCCGGAGAAAACAGGCCGCGCCCCGGCGCCUCGGGGUCACCACCCCGCUCCCCCAGCCCGCCCGGCCGGAAGUCGAGUCCGGAAGCCGCGGCCCGAGGCCCUUUGACCCCGGAGGCCCCGGGGGCUGCAGGGAACCCGGCUGUGCACCGCGGAGCUGCGGAGGGACCCGGGGCAGCCGGGCUCCCCGCACCCCGCACCCCGCACCCCGUUCCGGACCAGCUGCACUUUACGCUGCCUCUGAACCCGGAAGUCCGCGCGGAAAGAGCUUCGAGGGUGCCACGCUGGACCCCAGGCCGGGCUGGAAAUGAAGAUAAAAAGGGGCCGGGCUGCGCACGCUGUGAGCGGCGCUGGGCGGCCCGACCUGCACCUGCACCCUUCCCGCCUCCCGGGGAGUCUGUCCCCGCGGACGGCGAGCGAAGCCCGGCCCCGGCCCGGCCGCCAUCCGGAAACGCUGGACGCUCGGGCUCAGCAGCUCACUCUGCAAACGCCGCAUCGGGUUUCUGCGGCCGGAAUCCCAGGAAUCCCAGGAACGCGCCCGGCGCCUCCCGCCUGCCGCACCUCCUCCUCCCGGGAGCCGGCUUGGAAUUCGGUCCGGCCGGGCGGGGCGGGGCGGGGGACCCCAGCCGGCCACCCUCGGACCCCGCCGGCCUCGGACGGAACACAGCCAGGACCGCAGUGCGCAGCCUGGGCCUCCGUCCGGGGCUGCACCGCACGCUGCCUUUGGCGUCCCGCAGGGCUCUCUCCAGCCCUUUCCCGUUUUCCGGGCGGCCAGGCCGGGAAAAACCAGAACCGGAAUCGCAGGGAGGCGCGGGCAGCGCGGAGCGGCACCGGCAGCCCCGCGUGUUUGUUGGAGGUUGAGCUGGGGCCGCUCCCCGAAGCCCAGGUUGGCCUCCAACGCGGGGAUCCUCCUGCCUCAGCCUCCUGAGUGCUGGGAUGACAGGCGCGCGCGCCACUCCCACGUGCUCAUUGAAGGACGGUUCAGCGCAAAUAUGUUCACCCCGGCCUCCCUGCGGUCGCCCCAAAUUAUUACAUUCACCCCGGCCUCCCUGCGGUCGCCCCAAUUUCCCAGCAUGCUGCAGAGACCUGACUUACCCCGCAGUAUAUUCACAGUGUGUCCGGGUUACCCCCGAUUUCAUCAUUCACCCGGGAUUCACCCCUCACCCCGAUUCCUGCCGCUGUCCCAAGCCCUGAGGCACCCCAAGUUGUAAAUAUUCACCCCAACAUCCGGGUUCACCCCAAAUCAAUGCCAAUCACAAGCUAAACUAAUAAGGCAGGGGUGGCGGCGCCCCGCGGUGAUCCUACCUCGCUGGAUAAAUGGAUUAAGAACAUGUGGCCUACACACGAAGUGGAAUGUUACACAGCCAUGAAGAAGAACAAAAUCCUGCCACAGGCAAUAGAAGGGGUGGUGCCGCGUGGAACAAGCCAGGCCGGGAAGCCAACACUGCCUCAGCCUCCCAAGUGCGGGGAUGGUGGCCGUGUGCCUCUGUGCCUAGCCAGGAAAGGCGCUCUGGAGCCCAAGCCUGGCCCGGAGAAAGUGGGAUCCCCAUCUCUGUGAGGCAAGGGGGACCCUGAGGCAGAGCCGGACUUGGGCUCCGGGCCGCCUCCAGCAUCCUUUUUUAUUUAUUUAUUAUUUACUUAUUUACUUUCCCAGCAUCCUCGCCUGAGCAGCACCCCCGCCUCUGCUCCCAGACUGUUGCACUGGACGCAAACCUCUCCCAUCCCACCCAUGCCGCUGCCAUGGUAGAAGCCUGGUCUUUUCAUGGCUGCGUAGUAUUCCGCCCCGUGUAUUUUCUCCCCCCUCCACCUGCCAUGUGUGCUGAACCUGUUUCCGUCUCUCGGUUGCCACAAACGGUGCUGCCAUAAACACAGGAAAACUCGGGCGUCUCUUCUACGCACUUCCCCACUGCGGUGGUCUCCGCCCACCCCCCAGCCGCCUUCCCAAGGGGAACUGAAACGCCGGUGGCAGGCAUGACAUCUGUGACAUUUUUGUCCCCCAAAAUGUCACAGCGCGCGUGGCUGUGGGAAGGCACCGCCGUGGGCUCCUGUGUCAUGCCCGGCAGUUUUUGUUCUCCGCCCCUCGGAGAAUAACUUUUCCCUGUACCAGGGGAAGGAAGUCUGCUUUGGUGGUGGGGUGGGGGUGGAAAUCAGUUUUUACUGUGGUCCUGUGCCUGUCACACAACCUUGACCAGAAAACUGACCAUUUGGGGUGGGGGCGUACCUUCAAGGUCCACCUCAGGUUCUGCCAGGUGUCAGACCCCGUUCCUUUUCACAGCUGCAUAAUAUUCCUUUCUGAGGCUGGGCCGUAGUUUCUGUAUCUAAACUCCCACCCGCGGGUAUUUGGGUAUUUCCACGUCAGGCAGUUGUGAAGGAUGCCACUACCCUGGGCUCAGAUGUGCAGGUAUUUGGGUCCUUUCUUCAGUUCUUUGGGGGUGAUUGCUAGAAGCACAAUCGCUAGCUUCUACAAUAAUUUGAUCUUUACUUUGGGGAGCCACCGUGCCUUCGGCAAGGGCCUGGAGACCCAGGACGUGGCAGAGGCAGGAGGGUCCUUUUUAUAUGACUGAGCUCAGGCCACCCUGGUCAAGUCUCCCUGCCCGGUCCCUCCCAGCGUGGACGCUUCCUGUCCUGUCCUGGAGCCGAGCCUGAGGUCCAGGCGUGGGCCGCGCCGGCUCCUCCCCGUGUCCCACACGCGUGUCCUCCGUGUGCGUCUGCGUCCUCCUGUCUCUUCUCAGCAGGACCCGGUCCUGUGGGUCAGGGCCACCCUGGGAUUCACUUGAGCUAAUUGUAUUUUUGCAGAACUGGGCUGCA